AAUUGCAGGUGUACAUGGAAUGAUGACCAGUCGUAAUUGAAGUGAUUGAAAAUGACGGAAAGGAUUACUGGAGAAGUACAAGCGGUGAAAGAUAAAUGGGCCCUCGUCCCGGCAUUUUUGCAGGUCCGCGGACUUGUUAAGCAACACAUUGCCAGCUACGAUUAUUUCGUCAGUACUGAAAUCAAAAAGAUUUUACGAGCUAAUGAUAGAAUCACAAGUGACGCGAAUCCAUCAUUUUAUUUGAAGUAUUUGGAUAUCCGUGUUGGAAUGCCUUCAAGCGAAGAGGGUUUUAACCAAAUCAACGAUAAGAUCAGUCCACAUGAGUGUCGUCUUCGGGAUAUGACUUAUUCUGCACCCAUUUCGGUCGAUAUUGAAUACACUCGUGGCAGUCAGCGUGUUUUGAGGAAUGGUCUUGUAAUCGGCAAAAUGCCUGUCAUGCUACGUUCCAGUAAAUGUGUUUUAAAAAAUAUGAAUGAGAGUGAACUUGCACAUGUCCAAGAAUGUCCGUAUGAUCCGGGUGGUUAUUUCAUCAUCCGUGGAUCGGAAAAAGUGGUUCUCAUUCAAGAACAGCUUUCGAAGAAUCGUAUCAUGAUUGGAAGAAACAGCAAAAAAGAGCUACAGUGUGAAAUACUUAGUUCUACACAGGAACGUAAAAGUAAAACAUACAUUGCUAGUAAGAAGCAACGAUAUUACGUUCGUCACAACCAGCUUUCUGACGACGUACCAGUAGCCAUUGUUUUUAAGGCGAUGGGAUUCGAAUCGGACCAUGAUAUCGUUUCAGCAGUUGGUUUGGAGGAGAAAUUCGUUGCUGCAAUGGCUCCAUCAAUUGAGGAAUGUGCAAGUCAUCAAAUUGUAACACAAGAAGGUGCACUGCAAUAUAUAGCUUCAAAGGUUAAAAUGCGCAAAUUUGGGCCAUUUGCUUCUGGUACGUCAUCAACACUACCACGUGAACAUGAAGCCAUUGAUUUCUUAUCAAAUUUAAUGAUUGCACAUGUCCCAUGUCCGGACGGGAAUAUGAAAAUGAAAGCCAUUUAUUUGGGAUUAAUGAUUAGAAGGUUAAUGCAAGCGGAAGUGGGUGACACUGAAUGUGACGAUCGUGAUUUCUACGGAAAUAAGCGCUUAGAGCUGGCGGGCUCGUUACUUGCAUUGUUAUUUGAGGAUGUUUUCAAGAGAUUCAAUUCUGAAUUGAAAAGAAUUGCUGAUAACAGUUUGGGCAAAACAUUGGCUGCUCCACUUGAUAUAGUUAAACAUAUGCGUCAGGACCUAAUAACAAAUGCAUUGGUCGAUGCUUUAGCAACUGGAAAUUGGACGAUCAAACGAUUUAAAAUGGAAAGACAAGGAGUAACGCAGGUUUUAUCACGUCUUUCAUAUAUAUCUGUGUUAGGCAUGAUGACUCGAAUCAAUUCAACUUUUGAGAAAACAAGGAAAGUUUCUGGACCGCGCUCCUUGCAACCUUCUCAGUGGGGAAUGUUAUGUCCAUCCGAUACACCAGAAGGAGAGUCUUGCGGUCUUGUCAAAAAUUUGGCUCUCAUUAGUCAUAUAACCACAGAUAGCGAUGAAGAACCUGUAAUUCGUUUGCUGUACAAUUCGGGUGUUGAGGAUGUUAAAUCUCUCCAUUUUUCUGCUAUUCAUAGUCCAGUAUAUCAUAUUGUUUUUCUAAACGGUGUAAUCGUUGGUUUAACAAUCGAUCCGCAGCGAAUAGUUUCAACGAUAAGGGCUGUUCGAAGACAUGGUUUACUCAAUGAAUUCGUUUCUGUAUCCACAAAUGCCGCUCAACGAUCAGUUUAUAUAGCCAGUGAUGGUGGACGUCUUUGUCGACCUUACAUUAUUGUAAAAAAUGGCGUACCACAAGUUACACAAGAGCAUAUUGAGGAGCUCAAAAAAGGAUGUCGUAUUUUCGAAGAUUUUGUCGAUGAUGGCUUGAUUGAAUACUUGGAUGUCAAUGAAAUGAAUGAUGCGUCAAUUGCCGUUUAUGAAAAUCAAAUCAAGCCUAAUACAACACAUUUAGAGAUAGAACCUUUCACACUGCUUGGUGUGUGUGCUGGCCUGAUUCCUUACCCGCAUCAUAAUCAGAGUCCAAGAAAUACCUAUCAGUGUGCUAUGGGUAAGCAAGCUAUGGGUACAAUUGGAUAUAAUCAGCAGAAACGUAUCGAUUCACUCAUGUAUCUACUAGUUUACCCACAGCGACCUCUCGUUAAAACUAAGACUAUCGAAUUCUGUAACUUCGAAAAACUGCCAGCUGGACAGAAUGCUGUCAUUGCAGUAAUGUCUUACAGUGGCUACGAUAUUGAGGAUGCACUUGUGCUGAAUAAAGCUUCUCUUGACAGAGGCUAUGGUCGUUGUCUUGUUUACAAACAUGCGAAAGCAACUGCUAGGAAAUACCCCAAUCAAACAUUCGAUCGUCUUAUGGGACCAACUGUUGAAGCAACAACGCGAAAACCCAUUUACAAACAUCAAGUAUUGGACCAAGAGGGUAUCGUAUAUGUUGGUGCAUGUAUACAUUCCAAACAGGUAAUGAUCAAUAAACACAUGCCAGUUGUUAGUACGGAAGCUGGUGCCACCACAUCUUCGAACAAUGAUGGAACAAAUGUUAGUAGCCAUGAAGUAGAAUACAAAGAUGUUUCGGUUGUUUAUCGUAACCCUGUACCAUCAUAUGCAGAACGUGUCCUGUUGACAUAUAACGAGGAUGAUGCUCAUUUGAUCAAAGUACUAUUGCGACAAACGAGAAGACCUGAAUUGGGCGAUAAAUUUAGCAGCAGACAUGGGCAGAAAGGUGUAUGUGGUUUGAUAGCACAACAGGAAGAUAUGCCUUUCAACGACUUGGGUAUGUGUCCAGAUAUGAUUAUGAACCCGCAUGGUUAUCCAAGUCGUAUGACUGUUGGAAAACUGAUGGAAUUGUUAAGUGGGAAAAAUGCGGUUCUUUCUGGCAAAUUCCAUUACGGAACUGCUUUUGGUGGUGAUCAGGUUGAUGUUGUCUGCGAAGAGCUAGCAGCACGAGGAUUCAAUUAUCUUGGAAAAGAUAUGUUAACAUCCGGAAUAACUGGCCAGCAGCUUUGUGCAUAUAUUUAUUUCGGUCCUAUUUAUUAUCAGAAGUUGAAACAUAUGGUUCUGGAUAAAAUGCAUGCAAGAGCUAGAGGACCACGAGCAGUGCUAACGCGUCAACCAACCGAGGGGAGAGCACGUGAUGGUGGCUUACGACUGGGUGAAAUGGAAAGGGAUUGUUUGAUUGCUUAUGGUGCAAGUAUGUUGUUGAUGGAAAGACUAAUGGUUUCAUCGGAUGAAUUCAAAGUGGAUGUUUGUUCGCAGUGUGGUUUGAUUGGUUACAAAGGUUGGUGUCAAAUGUGCCGUUCUUCGCGAACUAUGGCAACCAUUAAAAUUCCAUACGCUUGCAAAUUACUCUUCCAGGAAUUGCAAUCCAUGAAUAUUGUGCCAAAAAUCAGCUUAUCUAAGUAUACUGAUUGA